CCACUCAAAAAUGCAAUUGCUCACCCAUUGCACUUGUGUCUAUCUAACUUGUGUGUUUUACAGAAGAAGACGGAUCUGAAAUUGCCAGAAUGAUCAAAGAGAGUCUUGAAAAGAAGCAACAACCUGCAAGGAUCUGUGACGUCACAUACAAUUCAAAAUGCUUCCGAGUGAUCGUGUCAUCUGCACAAAAUGUCAGUUUCCCGGAUGCUGAAUCUAUUUGCAAAAAUCGUAACUACAAGAACGUUGCCAACAUUUACGACUUCACUCAUUACAGGAUGAUGGAUGGUCGUAUUCGUUCAAUGCUUGGUGAGGAUUCAUGGAGGGGCGUUUGGACAGGUUUGAGAUAUCAGAACGGACAGCUGGUUCUGACGUCGGGCAAAAAUAUCUCUUUUCCAAAAGAAAUAUGGUAUCCUGGGUAUCCAUCUUCCGAAGGAAAGCGAACAAAUAUCGCUUUCCCUGUGAGAAAAAAUCCGAAUGACGAGGAUCACGGAAUUUACAACCUAGCGCCAUAUAUGGAAUAUCACGGUGUCAUUUGUGAAAUAUAAGAAUUGUAAGGAACAGUUUCGAGAGCUUUAACUGAAAGUAGCUAAAAUUGAAAAAGCUUUCUUGAGGAAAUGAGGAAACAUAUAUUUCUAAUCCUUUUUCAUGAAAAUACUAUUGAAUUACUCUCGUGAAUAUAGCUUUAAACUAUGAUUAUAUACAUUAGUUUAAAUAUACCGUUUCUUUGUUAAAUUUUGAAAUAUUUUUUUUAUAAUUCGCCAUUUUGUCCUGAUAGACACGGAGUGUUCUUAUGUAUUGCUUUGUUGAAUUUGAUCGGGGCGAAAUUCGUCCUUAGUUUCAAUUGCCAGCGCUUUCUAUUAAUAUUGAUAUAACUCUGAAAUUACUUGAAAAUUGCUUUUAUAUAUUUUACUGGCCCAAACCUAAAGCUGUCCAAUUACGAG